AGGUAACCGAAACAUGCUAAUUUGGAGGUCAAGAUCGCUCAUUUUUGUGCGUCCGGUUUUCAGCCAGUGUGAAUGAGUUCCACUCCAUGGGUUUAUCAUAUUGAGGAUAUAGUUCGAUUCGUUUUUACGCGGACUGGUAAUUGCUGGCCGAUCAAUUCUCAGUCGACAACCAACUUUAGCUCCGCUUACGUCUCUAUUAUCUCUCCCUUCAACUUGAUUGUUCCUACCUAUUUUCCGCACUUGGGCUUGGUCGUAGUUUUUACCCUGGGGUCCACUUGUGGCCAUCGCGGUUACCUUCUUCUUCGACUUGGCCUGCAUGUCACGUCGUGUGGCGUCCGUGCGACCGACUGUGUUCCGUUUUGGGGAUCAGUUCUGUGUUCUAAACCAAAUGUAUGCAUUAGUAUGCCCCACCGUGGUGCCGCUAGUUCUUGAUCUCUUUGAGCUUUGCCAUGCCGCUGUCAUAGAUGAUUGAUAUGUCUGGUCCACUUGUCCUUUCCGACCAUUAUCUCAUAAAUAACUUUAUCCCUCUUUCCACUAACUGUUCCGCUAACCCAUCUUUCCGGGGUCUGGAAGUUUCGUGCAUACACCAAGUCGCCAAGCUUGAACGUGCGAAGCCUGUUUUCCUGCCCUCUUCUCGGUUGUCCGUUGCGUUUUUCAACAUUUCUGGGAAUCAGGCUAUCAAAUGUCGUUCUAACUUUUCGUCCAAAUAGACAUUCAGAAGGAGAUUUACCCUCCGGUGUGUUUGGAUUCGGAGCGUUUCGAUACAUUCUCAAAAACGGCUGAAUUGCAUCGCGU